CGACCUCCUUUUAAUCAUUCAAGAUGCGGUUUUCAGCAAUAGCUUCUUUCAGCUGGUUCCUUUUUGGCGCUGCGUUCGCUUCGGGCGAAGAAAGCAGAUCGACCUGCGACGAAUUGGCCUUUAUCCUUCCCAACAGCACUUUCUAUCCAGAAGCCCCAGCAUACAAUGCAUCAAUAUCAUCUUACCCAUUCCUUCAACUUCGACUACACCCAUCAUGCAUUAUCCGACCAAAAAGCGCACGCGACGUUUCCCAGGCCAUCAGUGUUCUGAAAGAUAGCAAUUGCACCAGAUUCGCAGUCAAAGGCGGCGGCCACAAUGCUAAUGCGGGGUUCAACAACAUACAAAAUGGUGUCACGAUUGACAUGCAAAGUCUGAAUGAUGUGGAGGUAGCAAGAGGUGACAAAGUGGUCAGAGUUAGCGCUGGUGCACUUUGGCAAAAGGUUUAUGACACGGCGGAAAAGCGCAAUUUGACAGUAUUGGGAGGUCGUAUCGGCGUCGUGGGUACUGCGGGAUUCUUGACGGGUGGCGGCAUCUCAUUCUUCUCGCCUGAGCAUGGCUGGGCGUGCGACGCAGUUGUAAACUUCGAAGUUGUGCUUGCCAGCGGCGAGAUAGUCAACGCAAAUGCGACCUCGCAACCAGAUCUCUACGCCGCACUCAAGGGCGGCCAGUCUAACUUCGGCAUUGUCACUCGGUUUGAUCUCAAGGCGUUCCCUGCGACUACAAUUUGGGGUGGCAGGACUGUCUAUCAUCCCAAUGCUACAAUACCUUUGCUUACCGCCUUCACUGAGUUCAAGAGUGGCGAGUAUGAUCCAUACGCCGCAGGUUGGGUUACCGUGCGAUACAACCACACUGCAGCAACUUUCAACCCCGUGAGCAUCAUGUGGUACACUAAACCAGCACAAAAGCCCGGCGCGCUUAAGAGUAUCCUGGAAGUUAAACCGCAAAUAAUGAACGGCAGGGUAGAAGCACCUGUCAGCGAGCACACGAGAAACGCAUCGCGAAUGGUAGUUGCUGAUCCCAAACGGACCAUUUGGGCAACAACCUCGUUCUCAAUCUCCCCUACGAUUGUACACCGCAUUCACGCUCUUUGGAAAGAGGUCGUUCCCGAAGUCGCUAAGCAGUAUGCCUACGCCAAACCCGUCGCAGAAAUCACAUUCCAAGCUCUCCCAGCUCCACCGCGGAACGGUACAUCUCCUAAUAGCCUCGGGUUUACGGCUGCCGAGACGCCAGAGAAGGAUCUUGUCUUCCUCCAGAUCAUCUUCACGUUUGACGAUGAGGCUGCUACUGAAGGGUUUGAGGAGGCUUUAAAAGAUUUCUUGAAGCUAAUUGAGGGGUUGGCGAAGGACGAGGGUGUGCUACAUAGGUACAAGUACUUGAACUUCGCGGCGUCAUUUCAGGAUCCGCUUGCUAGCUAUGGUCAAGAGCAGAAGGAUACUUUGAGGGAGGUGGCAGAGAAGUAUGACCCUGAGGGUGUGUUUCAAAAGCAGGUUCCGGGAGGGUUCAAACUGUUCUAAACAAAGUUGCAAUAGCAUCUGUGCUUCUCGUAAUGCGGGAC